UCACACACGCACGCACACACAAAAGUACACGCAGACAGUCAAAUGGCCGCACUUUAACACACAACGCGCCUCUCGAUGUACGCACGUACACAAUGGGAUGAGGACUUGAUGAUGUGAGUGUACUACCAGGGGCGACCGCCGGGUGCUAGUCGAGCGCCAUCGAGCGAAGCCACGCCCUCGCUCAACCAACUUGAGUGCCAGCACGCCAAUGACCCCGCCGCCUGACCUCUUCUCAACCGAUUGGAGACGACCGCUCAUCCCAAAGAGAUGACGGCAGGGGGACGCCGCUGACGCCGCCCUCCGCCGCCGCCAGAGAAUCCGCCGCCGGUCAUGGCCGCCCAUCGAAUCCGAGCCGCGGCCACGGGCAACGCUUCGCUGCCUCGAUGCAGGUCGGAGGGGACGCUGAUCGACCUCGGCGAGAGCGUGCCCGAGCCCGGCCUCGUCGAUGUCAAAGCGCCUUCUCCCAGCGCCUUGCGCUCGGACGCCGGCGCCUCCCUCGGCACGGCCCGAGAAGUGGUGGCCAUCAAGGACUACCGCGCGUCCAGCUUCACCACGCUCAAGUUCUCCAAAGGCGAGCGACUCUACGUUCUGGACGCGUCGGGCGGCGAGUGGUGGUACGCCCACAACAACACGGAGAUGGGCUACGUCCCGGCCGCCUACGUGGAGCCCGUGAGUUUCAGAGACUCGUCCUUCAGCGACAGCGGCAUGAUUGACGCCGCGGGGGAGGAGACGGCUUUGGAAACGGACCCCGUCGGGGAGUGGGCCGGCGUCACUCUGAAGCCCGCCGCUUUCCUCAACGGAAAUCCUUUCGCAGGCACGCGCGCCUCCGUCAACCCGUUCCUGCGCGGCGAGGGCGAGUCCGCCGAUCUUCUUCUCUUCGACGCCCCGUCGGCUUCGGAAUCGGCCCUCGGCGCCGCAGACUCGGUCGCUUUGGGCGUCUGCGGCCCUCCGGGUCAGCCGGCGGAGAACGGGCUCCGAAGGGAUAACCCCUUUUUCCGAAGCAAGCGCUCCUACAGUCUGUCGGACAUGUCCGCCCUGCGGGCCGAGUCGGACGGGGGUCCCGCGGCCGGCGGUUUCUUCGGCGGCCUGACGGCGCCGGCCCCCGAGCAGUUCCAGAGCCGGGAGGCGUUCCGGACGGCGUGGCUCACGCACCGCAAGCUGGCCAGGUCCUGCCACGACUUGGACUCCCUGUGCCAAAACCCGGGCUGGGGUCAGACGCAGCCUGCGGAGAUCGGCAUCGUCUGCCGGCUGGACGGCUCCGGGGGCGCCGUCCAGCUGCCGGACACCAGCAUCAGCGUGCGCGUCCCCAAGGGCCACGUCGCCGAGGGCGACAGCCAGCAAAUCUCCAUCAGAGCUCUCUUGGAGCCGCCCCUGGAGCUGAACAACGACCGCUGCACCGCCUCGGGCCCGGUGGUGGAGCUCAAGCUCAGCAACAUGGAGACCAGAAGCGCCAUCACGCUGGAGAUGAAAGCCUCGGCCGUGGUCAAAGCAGAAAAGCGCCAGGCGGCGCGCAGCCUGUGCGUCCGCAGCGACUGCAAAGAGGGGCCUUACAGCCCCGUCCCGCAGACCUUCCCGCACGGCGACACGCUUCGGGUGUCCCUGGACAACUUGGAGCCCUGCAUGUACAUUUGCGGCGUGGUGCGCUCCCUGUCGCCAUCCGCGGACUCCGGCGGCGUGUGGGAGCACGUGGUCAAAAGGGUGACCUUGGGGGUGUACGGACCCAAGCACAUCCACCCGUCCUUCAAGACGGUCGUGGCCAUGUUCGGUCACGAUUGCGCCCCCAAGUCCCUGUUGGCCAGCGACGAGGGCAAGCGGGCGCGCUCGUCGCCCCCCGUGGCGCUCCAGCUGUGGGGCAAGCACCAGUUCGUCCUAUCCGGACCCCAGGACCUCCGCGUCGGGGUCUACUCCAACAUGGCCAACUACGAGGUGAAGGCCGGCGAGCAGGCCAAAGUCAUCCGGGGUUUCCAGAUCAAACUGGGCAGAGUCAGCCGGCUGGUCUACAUGAUCAGUUGCCGCGACGGGGCGGACCUUUCGGACUUCACCCUGAGGAUCCAGGUCAAAGACGAGCGGGACGCCAUCCUGGCCCAGUUUUGCGUCCAGACGCCCUCGCCGCCGCCCAAGACGGGCCCCGAGACGUCCGUGCGGCGCCGCUUCCUGAAGAAGAAGGAAGUGGGCAAGAUCGUCCUGUCCCCGCUGGCCCCGGCCGCCAAGUACCCGGUGUUCCGCGACCGGCGGGUGGCCAACCUCAGGUUCGGAAAACUGAUCAAGACGGUGGUCCGGCAGACCAAGAACAGCUACCUGCUGGAGUACAAGAAAGGAGACUUUGUGGCGCUGCUGAGCGAGGACAAGGUCCGGCUGAAAGGCCAGCUGCGGACCAAGGAGUGGUACGUGGGCUACUACCAGGGCCGGCUGGGGCUGGUGCACGCCAAAAACGUGCUGGUGACGGGAAAACUCAAGCCCGUUCAUUUCGGCGGGCCGGAGCUCACCGCGUCCUUGCUGCUGGAGCAGCUCCUCAGGCCCUGCAAGUUCCUCACCUACAUCUACGCCUCGGUCCGCACCGUCCUGAUGGAGAACAUCGGUGACUGGCGGGCCUUCGCCGAGGCCCUGGGCUACCGCGACCUGCCCGUCGCGCGCUUCUGCCGGGCCGAGCCGGACAGCGAGCCGGAGAGGGUGGCCUGCGUUCUGGAGAAGCUCAAGGAAGACUGCAACGACGCCGAGGGCAAGGAGCCAAAGUCCUUCCAGAAGGAGCUGCUCAUGGCCCUGCUGAAGUUGGACUGCCAGGGCCUGGUGGCUCGUCUGGUGAUGGAUUUCGUGCUGCUGACCACGGCGGUAGAGGUGGCGGGACGUUGGCGGGAGUUGGCCGAGCGCCUGGCCAAGGUUUCCCGCCAGCAGAUGGACGCCUACGAGGCACCGCACCGCGACAAGAACGGUGUGGUGGACGGCGAGGCCAUGUGGAAGCCGGCGUACGACUUCCUGGUGACGUGGGCGGCGCAGAUGGGCGACAGCUACCGGGAUGUGAUACAGGAACUCCACGUGGGCCUGGACCGCAUGAAGAGCCCCAUCACCAAACGCUGGAAGCACCUGAGCGGGACCCUGCUCCUGGUCCACUGCCUGGACACCCUGCGCAGCGCCGCCUUCAGCCCCGCCUCCGACGACUUGGCCAUCUGACGCCGCCUCUUUCUUUUUCAUCACACCCGCGGUUGGGCUCACGCUCGUCUCGAUUAUGUUCGCCCCCCACCCAACGAAUGCUGGGAACCGGACUCUCGGGGACACGCUUCACAUUUCGGGUCACUGUUUAGUUUAGUUUUUUUGGGGGAGGGUGCGGGGGGGUCAACGUUCACAUUCUUGCCUGUUUUGGAGCUUUCCAUACUCGCUUCACUUUCACUUUCUGUUGCAUUUCCGUUCAAGUCCAGUGUGGUGGCGUUGACACUUGGUGCAAAGCGCUUCUGAUGUGUUUUGAUCAGUUUGCAACCCAACUUUGGCGCGGCAGCGUCAGUUCUGGUGCAAUUUGGGGCUUUGUUGAUGUUAGGUUGUGUUCCAGCCAGUUCCCGUUGUGACCCGGAUCGAAUCGGGGUCGCACUCCGAUCCGGGUUCUGCCAAAAACUCGCAACCGACCUCUCACGGGAGACGUUUUCUGUCUUGGGUCUUGUUCUUUUUUUUUUUUGUGCCAACUUUGGCAUCCUUGCAGUAUCGGGUUGUGGAGGGAUCGCGCUUGCUGGAUGUGUUUUUCUGGGGUUUUUUUUGUCUUCGUGCCAGCCUCAACCGGGCAUGUGCGCGGUCACGUGACAUCGUCGCCGCCAUUGCUGCGCAUCAGAAAUAAAGUGUGAAUAUUUGCA